AUUAAACUAUAUGUUUAGAAAGUAUGUUAACCAUUUGGUUGCCAAAAAUCUGCAACAGCCUUUGCAGACAGCAAGAGAGUUAAAAAAAAUUGGAUUAUUAAUAACCAAAGCUGUAGGCUGCAGUGUGUUGGCAUGAAGGAGCAAAGAAAGGAAGUUUUUUUGGGAUGCUGCUGGGAGGGAGAGAGAGACCAGCUGGAGCCUGUUGCAGGGCGAUUGAUGCAGGGAGCCCGGCUGAUUGGAAGACAGCAAAGGCACGGAGAGCCAUGGAGGCGGGGGAAGUACAAGCUCUCUGCGGGGACUGAGACUAGUCCACGCCCGGGGCCAGCGCUGCAGAGCUGGCCAUCAUUCAAUCCGGAGAGGAGGAGGAGUAGAUCGCGGAGCCGGAAAGAAGCAAAGUACCAAGGGCAGGGACUGAUCCAAACCUCAAAAUACGAGAGUCUCCUAGAGCAGUGUUAAGAUUCUGCUAAGCAGAGGAUGAACGGAGAGGCAGGCGGUGUAACAAAUAACAACAAAAACAACAUGACAGCCCCUAAAGAUCAAGAUCAAUGGUCCCAGGAAGACAUGCUGACUCUCCUGGAGACUAUGAAGGCCAUCUUGCCAGGUCAAGACACCUCCAAGUUUAAGACCGCAGAAUCACACAUGGACUGGAACAAGCUGGCAUUCAAAAACUACUCUGGAUCUAUGUGUCGCCAGAAAUGGAUCGAAAUCUCUAAUGAGGUCAGGAAGUUUCGGACGCUGUCAGAGAUAAUCCAAGAUGCAGAGGAGCACGUUAAAAACCCUUACAAGGGCAAGAAGCUUAAGAAACACCCAGAAUUUCCAAAAAAGCCGCUUACCCCAUAUUUCCGCUUCUUUAUGGAAAAGAGGGCAAAAUAUGCAAAGCUGCACCCAGAGAUGAGCAAUUUGGACCUAACUAAGAUACUUUCCAAGAAAUACAAAGAGCUACCUGAGAAAAAGAAGUUGAAGUACAUUCAAGAUUUCCAGAGGGAAAAAGUUGAUUUUGAGAGAAACCUGGCUCGAUUUAGGGAAGAGCACCCCGAUCUCAUGCAAAACCCUAAGAAAUCUGAUGUUCCAGAGAAGCCUAAGACCCCUCAACAGUUGUGGUAUAACCAUGAGAGAAAAGUGUACCUUAAAGUUCGGCCAGAUGCAAGUACAAAGGACGUGAAGGAUGCACUGGGAAAGCAGUGGUCUCAACUGUCUGAUAAAAAGCGUCUGAAAUGGAUCCACAAAGCCCUGGAGCAACGCAAACAAUAUGAGGGCGUUAUGAGGGAGUACAUGCAGAAGCACCCAGAGCUAAAUAUGACAGAAGAGGGAUUAACACGUUCUACACUCACAAAAGCCGAGCGUCAGCUAAAGGACAAAUUUGAUGGUCGACCUACUAAACCCCCUCCAAACAGCUACUCCAUGUAUUGUGCUGAGCUGAUGGCCAACAUGAAGGAUGUUCCCAGCACAGAGCGCAUGGUUCUGUGCAGUCAGCAGUGGAAGCUGCUUUCUCAGAAAGAAAAGGAUGCUUACCACAAGAAGUGUGAGCAGAAAAAAAAAGAAUAUGAAGUGGAGCUCUUGCGUUUCCUUGAGAGUCUUCCUGAAGAAGAACAGCAGAGGGUCCUGGCGGAAGAGAAAAUGGUGGGAAUGAACAAGAGAGCAGCCAACAGUGCAGCAUCAAAACUCGCUGCCCAGGAAGCUGCAAAGGCAAAAGGCAAAUCUGGGCAGGCAGAGAAGAGAAAAGCAGCAGAUGAAAGGGGCAAACUUCCAGAGACCCCAAAAACCGCUGAGGAAAUCUGGCAACAGAGUGUGAUUGGGGACUAUUUGGCUCGAUUUAAGAAUGACAGAGCAAAGGCAUUGAAGUGCAUGGAGUCUACCUGGCUAAAUAUGGAAAAGAAAGAAAAGAUCAUGUGGAUCAAGAAGGCUGCUGAGGACCAGAAGCGCUAUGAGAGAGAGCUGAGUGAUAUGAGGUCGGCGCCGGUCACUGCUCCACCUUUAAAGAAAAUGAAGUUCCUGGGAGAGCCCAAAAAAGCACCCAUGAAUGGAUAUCAGAAAUUUUCUCAGGAACUCCUCUCUAAUGGGGAACUGAAUCACCUACCCCUGAAAGAGCGCAUGGUUGAGAUUGGUAGUCGUUGGCAGAGGAUCUCUCCAGCCCAAAAAGAUUAUUACAAGAAGCUAGCAGAGGAGCAACAAAGGAUCUACCGAUCACAAUUAGAAACCUGGAUGAAGAGUUUGUCAUCUCAGGACCGGGCAGCGUAUAAAGAGCAGACAACAACUAGGCGCAAGACCCCAGCAAAGGUCAAGGCACCUAGCCCAAAAGCCAAAGCAGUUGUACAGGCAAAAUCUGAGGAGGAGGAGGAUGAUGAUGAGGAUGAAGACGACGAAGAUGACGACGAUGAGGAUGAAGAUGACGACGAUGAGGAAGAGGAGGAUGAUGAUGAAGAUAAGGACUCCUCUGAUGGAGACUCGUCUGAUUCCAGCAGUGAAGAGGAUAGUGAAGAUGGAGAGGAGAAUGAAGAAGAGGAAGAUGAAGAUGAUGACGACAAUGAGUCAGGAUCCAGCUCUUCUUCCUCUUCCUCUGCAGACUCAUCUGACUCAGACUCCAACUGAAUGGCGUGGCAACUGAGGAGUGUGUAGAAUAUGAGGAGGGGGGCAUGACAUGUUUCACCCCUUCAGUGCUCUUGGGGUCUUAACAGGAUGUUGUGGGGCAAGAUCUGGAUCCAUGGCAUCCUGUGGGAUCAGUUUAUGUAUGGAGUCAAGCUGUUAGAGGGCAGGUGAUGGCACUUUUAUCUGUUCCUUCCCUACCUGCUUUGUAACAUUGUGUUAUUAUUCUAAUGUUUCUGGCGCCAUAGUUUAGUUUUUAUGAAUACCAUGCUUUGUCCUCUUUCCAUCUUCUGAGCUCUUUGCACUGUCAACAACCUAGUUCUCUUGCUUGUUUUGAUAACUAUUUUGUUUUCUUCCUGCUUGCAGUCUCUCCAUUCCUCCUUUUUUUUUCUUUCUUUCCUCCUUUUUAUUUAUUUUCUCCAUGUUUGAGCAGAUUUAGUGAACAGCAAGGAAUACAGGGCAAAGAGGAACAUACUGCCUGUAACUAUCUCAGAAGCCCUCAAAGGGAAAACAAUAACCCUAAAUGUAAUAUAUAAGUAGGGUGAUGUUUUGGAUGGAGGGUUUGUCUAACCGUUUUAGACACUGACAUUUGUUGUAACAGGAAUGGACUGGACAAAAUUAUAAACGUCCCACAUCCCCCCUCCCAUAUAUAUAUAAAUAUAUAUAUAUAUAUAUAUAUAUAUAUAUAUAUAUAUAUAUAUAUAUAUAUAUAUAUAUUGUAUGUAUAUGCGUUUUUUGUUUUGUUUUUUUGCUUGUAUCUAAAGCAUUGUUGUAUUUUAGCUUAAUUAUUUUAGUAUAUAUCAUGAUUUUUUUUUUUUGUUUUUUUUUUUUUUUGUUUCUGUUUUAGAAAUUAUUUUUUUUCCCAAACUUUCCUUUUUGGGGAGGUGGGGAUAUCUAGAUUCUUACAGUGUGUUGUGAUCACACAGUGAGAGGUAAACCCUUUAGUGCAUUUUUAGCACUUUCAAAAAUACAGGAUUUGAGCUGCAUUACAAAAAAAAUGAAAAGAAAAAUUUCCUGUAUCUACACGAUAUUUAAAACACAUGCGCUUUUUUUGUAGAUUAAAUCUGAAAAUAAAUAAAAAAAAAAAAAAAACAACAAUUUAAAGAUGGUGUUUUUGUAACAGUUGUGUUUUGGUUUACUGUGGGUUGUUUAAUUAUGACAUACCUUAUUGUUUUUGUAUAAAAAAAAAAGAACGAGAGCAGUUUUUUUUUUCUUUUGUUCUUAGAUAAAAUAAUAAUAAUAAAAAAAAAAUAUAAUAA